AUGAGGAAGAUAGUAGAGUUGGCUACAAAGUUGAGCUUAAAUAAUAGGAUGGGCAGAUGGUCAUACAUGGAAACCCUGCCUAUGUCAGCCUGUGAGGCCAGCUUGAAGCGGCUAGAUAUCGAUUGCGUUGAUUUUUAUUACCAGCACCGCAUUGAGAAACGUGUGCCAAUCGAAGUCACAGAAACUAUCCAGGCACUGCAGAGCACCCACCAGUACAAUGCAAGCAAGGAACAAGAGUUUAUACUGACUGAAAUUAGUUUUGGUCAGUGGAAAGACCAAAAUGAAGUAUGGAAAUCUUGCUGGAGAGUUCCCUCAUUAGAAGGGAAGUCGUUUGGUGGAUAUGUCUUUUUUUCAUUGAGUAAUGGCACGGAGUAUCAUGCUCCACAGAUUGUUGUGGGAGUGGCUAGGCAUCUUGGAGCAACACUUGUGCUUCCUGACAUCAGAGGAACCAAACUUAAGAAAAAAGAGAUUUUGGAGAAAUUUAUGAUGUCAAGAAGUUUGUAG